AUGAUGUACUUUGGGAGGAGCCGUGUUGUCCCUGCAGACUCAGAGAGCAGGAGGAGCAGUGAUGGUCGGUUGGCCCUGGCUGCACAAAACAUGAACAACUGUAACAACAACGAUGGCAAGAAAGACGACAAGAAGGAUGAUAAGAAAGACGACAAGAAAGAUGUUAAGAAAGAAGAACCGAAGGAGGUGUGGAUCAUGGACCCUGCCACAGAUAUGUACUAUUACUGGCUGUGGACAAUAUCCAUCCCAGUGUUCUACAACAUGAUGCUACUGGUGGCCAGGGCUUGUUUUAACGAACUGCAGUAUAAUAAUACCAUACUAUGGCUUACCUUGGACUACACUUCAGAUGGCCUCUACAUUAUUGACAGCCUUGUGAGAUGCAGGACAGGUUUUCUGGAGCAAGGUCUUCUUAUAAAAGAUGGGAAGAUCCUGAAAGAAAAGUACAUGAAGACACGGCAGUUCAGAUUAGACGUUUUAUCAAUUAUUCCCACAGAUAUUAUAUUCCUCAAAAUUGGAAUGGACAACCCGGAGUGGAGGUUCAACCGUCUCUUUAGGUUAAGCCGACUCUUUGAGUUCUUCGACCGGACUGAAACCCGAACAAAUUUUCCCAACAUCUUCCGAAUUGGUAAUCUUGUACUUUACAUCCUCAUCAUCAUCCACUGGAAUGCGUGCCUGUUCUUUGCCAUCUCCAAGACGCUUGGCUUCGGCUCAGACACCUGGGUGUAUCCGUCCUUGAAGAAUCCUGCGUAUGCGAAGCUGGCCAGGCAGUACAUAUACUGCUUUUACUGGUCCACUCUCACCCUGACCACGAUUGGUGAGACACCGCCCCCAGUCCGAGACAUCGAAUACUUUUUUGUGGUCGUUGACUUCCUCACCGGUGUUUUGAUCUUCGCCACAAUCGUAGGCAAUGUUGGAGCCAUGAUUUCAAACAUGAAUGCCGCACGUGUAGAGUUCCAGUCUAAGAUUGACUCAAUAAAGCAAUACAUGGAAUUUCGGAAGGUCACCAAAGAUCUGGAGAUACGGGUGGUGAAGUGGUUUGACUACCUGUGGACAGAGGAGAAAACCUGCGAUGAGAAGCAGGUGCUGAAGAACCUGCCGGACAAGCUGAAGGCGGAGAUAGCCAUCAACGUACAUCUGGAGACCCUAAGAAAAGUGCGCAUCUUUCAAGACUGUGAAGCAGGUUUGCUUAUUGAGUUGGUCCUUAAACUUCAGCCUCAAGUUUUCAGUCCCGGUGACUACAUCUGUAAGAAAGGGGACAUUGGCAGGGAAAUGUAUAUCAUCAAAGGCGGAAAGCUGGCUGUCGUAGCAGACGACGGGGUUACCCAGUUUGUGGUCCUCAGUGAUGGGGCAUACUUUGGAGAAAUCAGCAUCCUCGGUAUCAAGGGCAGUAAGGCAGGAAACCGAAGAACCGCCAACAUCAGAAGUGUUGGCUACUCUGAUCUGUUUGCCCUGUCCAAAGACGAUCUGAUGGAGGCCCUCAUCGAGUAUCCUGAUGCUAAAAAUGUCCUGGAAGAGAAGGGAAAGGCCAUCCUGAUGAAAGAUAAUCUCAUCGAUGAGUCGCUGGUCUCUGUUAUUGACGCCAAAGACUUGGAGAAAAAGGUUAACCAGAUUGAAGCCAGUUUGGAUGUCAUGACGGCCAAAUUUCGAAAGCUGUCAGUACAGUAUGAAUCUUCCCAGCGUAAAAUGAAGCAACGGCUCAGUAAUAUGUCGAACCAGGUCCGGACCCUCAGGGAAGACGAGUAG